CAAACUACAAGUCUAAGCUCUUUACAACUAAUUUUUGUCUUCCAUCAAUAUUUUUCAACAUGACAUGUACUAGGUGGCUUUGUUCUCUUCGAAGACCAGACAGAUCACGGAGAGAAUUUGAUGAGGAAGAAAGCUUGUGUGGGAAGCCAAACGUAAAUGAAGAAUAUCUCCAAACAUUUAGAACUAAGUCUUUCAUUGAAAUAUGCAACAAAGCACAAGGGCAAUUUGGGAAGACAAGAACACUCUCUUCAUCUUGUUCAACAUCUUCUCCUUCUCCUAUAUGCAUGAAUCUCACCGACUCUUUGCUCGAACCACGACAAGAAAUCAUAACAAACAUCACACGUAAUUUUAAGGUUCAUCAACUUCUAGUUGACUAUUUCGAAGCUAGCUUAGAAGCAUGUCUUUGUUGUGACACAAUCCUUGAAGGAAUCCACUCAACAAGACUUUCUAAUACAAGACUCACACGAUUUGUUAAUGAUUUCAAUGAUAGCAACAAUGAAAAAACAAACACUACAAGAAAAUAUCACAAAAAGCUUGCUACAUUUUCAUCGAAAUUACAAAACAACCCCUUGUCUGUUAUUACUACAAUGCAGCUUCAUGACCUUCAUGAUAAGUACGUUGAACUUCUUCGGAAACUAACAUCAAAGAGAAAGAAAAUCAAAAGAAGAUUAACAUUGAUUAGUGCUUGCAAGAAAGUUGGAGGAAUUGCUCUUGCUACUUCACAUGGUGCUAUUCUUAUUGCUUUGUUAAUUGUUUCUUUGCAUAGCGUUGUUGGAUUAGUGGCUGCACCAAGUAUUGUAGGGGGCUUAGUUGGUUUGUUUAUGAAGAGAAUCAAAAUUAGGAUUAGAAGAAGCUCUAAAUGUGAAAGACUUUGUCAACAACUAGAUGCGGCUGCGAAAGGGGUAUUUAUAAUGAUAAAUGAUUUGGAUACUAUGAGUAGGAUGGUGAAUAGGCUGAAUGAUGAGGUGGAACAUAGGAAAAUGGUUGCUGAUGUUUGUGUGAAGAAUGUUAGAAGUAAAUGUGAAAUAGUGAAGCAGGUUAUGAAUGAGUUCAGUGAUCAAGAGAGUAGGUUUUUGGAACAAUUGGAAGAACUUGAAGAACAUGUUUACUUGUGUUUUCUCACGGUAAACAAAUCCAGAAGACUUGUUAUGCAACAAAUUAUAGACAAAUAAAUAUAUCAAAGUUGUGAUUUUGAUCCAUGCUUGUUGUUUCCAAUAGUUUUUGUGUAAAUUCAUUCAUUUCAUCUAUCCCCUACAGCAUCAAUUUAAGGUAGUAAUUGUUGAGAUUUAUUCAAACUUCUUGUAGCUUAGAGUUUGGUAGUUUUUGGUUAUGAAUAACUAACUUAUUCAGUUAGUUACAGUAGUUUCCAACUUUAGAAAUUUUGUAAAAAGCAGUAAUUUGGUGUGCAAAUAAAUGUCGAUCAAGGAUUCAUAUAUA